CGGUAAAAGUAAGCGUCAAUGAGUGAAAUGUUUGUUGCCAAUUUUAGCUACAUGUCGUAGUAUUACGCCCUCUGGAUUAACCCCCGAAGAGCCACGCGGUUAGUAUCUGCAGUGAUUCUGCAAUGUUUAAAAAUGAUCACGUCUCAUAGUUUGACGGUCAAACGUUCAAAAACUGACUGAUGAUUCAGUCCAACCGUUCGGGCCGUCUCCCUUCACGGUGCUGGCUGUGCGUCCUCGUGGAGGCUGUCCGUCAGUGAGGCCAAAGAGACGCGCCGCUGCGCCCCUGUACUUCCAGGACAUGGUGUUGUAGAGUAUGGGAUUGAUGGCGGCACUCAGGUAGAAGAGAACCACGGACACAAAGCUGCAGUACUCGGACAACACAGACAAUAGAGGGGAUGGAGCGUCCAGAGAGCGGAACUGCAAGUAGCGACCCACGUGGAACGGCAGCCAACAGAGGACAAAGGCCAGAACCACCACCACUGGAGGAGGCAGAAAGCCGGCGGCCUAUCAGACUGUAGAGCACAGUGAGGCAGAACACCGGCAUGAAGAAGAAAACCGAGCUAAGCCACACCAUGGCCCCCAUCAGGCCUGACUCCACUGCGUAAUGCGUCAUCUUACACUCCCGUGUGUCCCCGUCCUCCAGAAUAUGAACAAUGUAAGAACAAGUUUCUUCAUGUGAGAUGCCAUUAUGUUUAUGACCACUGAAUCAUGAUGAGAGGGGGAGAGAACGAACAAGAGAGGUUAAAACAACAGACAGAGAGAGAUACUGGGAGUGGAAAGAACACAAGGAGGACGGUUGCGUCUUUUGACACCAUUUCAAUAUACCUGGUCCGCCCUGCUCUGGGGGUUAAUUGCUGAUAAUGCUGGGUAAGGCUCCGCCCACGACCAGUAGCCUCAACCUGGUGAACUCUGAAGUUUCUGACACCCCAGACGCCCCGGUUUCAUACGACAAUAUCAAGAUGGCCGAACUUGUGGAAAGCCUGGAUACCAGAGAGCUGGACAUGGAAGACGGAGAGGAGAUCAACUAUGAUGGAAGCUCCUUAGGGGACACUCGUAUCCCGUUUUCAGCUGUGUACGCCACAGUGGGCUUUAAGGAGGACAGUGCUAAGGUCUACCUCCCUACCGUGCCCAUCACUGCCCGCAUCCUGGAGGUGGAGAGAUUUACAGCCGCUCAGGACCGCUUCAAUCUGUCACACAGCAGGAGCGUCAACAAAUCUCUUCCAGCUGUGUUCAGGAUCGAGUUGAAGCACGGGGAGUUUACCUGGGUUAUCAAAAGGAAGGAGAAACAUUUCAUGGAGCUGCACAGAGAGCUGAGGACGUACAAAACCAUCAUGAGGAUACCGCUGCCUUCACGCAGCCACACAGUGAGGAGGAGGACAGUGAGGAAGAGUGAGGUGAGAGAGAUGCCCUCCUUGCCGAGGGGAGGAGGAGACGAGCUGGUGCGAGAGGAGCAAGUCUCCAGCAGGAGGAGACAAUUAGAAGACUAUUUGAACAAGCUGCUGAGGAUGGCCAUGUACCGCAAAUAUCACCACACUAUGGAGUUCAUUGACAUCAGCCAGCUGUCUUUCAUUCAUGACUUGGGACCCAAAGGACUGGAGGGGAUGAUCUACAAGCGCUCAGGUGGACAUCGUAUCCCAGGCAUGAACUGCUGUGGUCACACCCAGGCCUGCUAUCGCUGGUCCAAACGCUGGCUGGUGGUGAAGGACUCCUGCCUGCUGUACAUGAAGCCAGACUCAGGGGCCAUCUCCUUCGUCCUGCUGGUGGACAAAGAGUUCAGCAUCAAGAUGGACUCAAAAGACACAGAGACCAAACACGGAGUCCGGAUCGAUAGCCUCUCCAGGACCCUGGUGUUUAAGUGCAGCAGCUACAGACAUGCCCGCUGGUGGGGUCAGAGCAUCGAGAGUUUCGUGAGGGAAAACGGGAAUGCUUUCCUUCGGGUUCAUCGCUUUGGAUCAUUUGCACAGUUACAGGAAAACAUCCCUUCAAAAUGGUAUGUGAACGGAAAAACAUACAUGGAGGAUGUAGCUGAUGCUCUGGAAGAGGCUAAAGAGGAAAUCUUUAUCACCGACUGGUGGCUGAGUCCAGAGAUCUUCCUGAAGAGACCUGUGGUAGAAGGAAACAGAUGGAGGCUAGACUGUACGCUCAAACGCAAAGCACAACAGGGUGUGCGCAUCUUUGUGAUGUUGUAUAAAGAGGUGGAGCUCGCCCUGGGCAUCAACUCAGGCUACAGCAAGAGGACCCUAAUGCACCUGCAUCCCAACAUCAAGGUGAUGCGACAUCCAGACCACGUCUCGUCCUCCGUCUAUCUCUGGGCGCAUCACGAAAAAAUCGUCGUCAUUGACCAAUCAGUGGCCUUCGUGGGCGGUAUCGACUUGGCGUACGGUCGCUGGGAUGACAGAGAGCACCGGCUGACGGAUGUUGGCAGUGUGACUCGCUCUGUCGCCCUGGAGCAGGCUGGCUCCACCAACACUUCCACCACUAAGGGUGUCUCCUUUGUUGAUGGCAUCACUGAUGGUGUCCCCAAGAGCAAUGGACGAGAAACGCCGCCUACUGAAGUGGUGGAAUUACCAAAACUGAAGGGGAUUGGACGCAAUAGGAGGGCUCGCUUCAGUCUGUACAGACACCUGCACAAACACACUCUGCAGCAUGCAGACAGUGUCAGCAGUGUGGACAGCUCGGGGAGUGGUUCAGUGAGAAGCCUAAAGACAGGCGUUGGGGAGUUACAGGGCAACACACGCUUCUGGCAUGGAAAAGAUUACUGCAACUUUGUGUACAAGGAUUGGAUCCAGCUGGAGAAACCUUUUGAUGACUUCAUCGAUAGGUACACAACUCCCAGAAUGCCUUGGCACGACAUCGCCUCAGUGGUUCAUGGCAGAGCUGCUCGAGAUGUGGCCAGACACUUUAUUCAGCGCUGGAACUUCACUAAGAUCAUGAAGCCGAAGUAUCGCUCUCUGUCUUAUCCAUUCCUGCUGCCCAAGUCUCACUCAAGUGCCGACGAGCUCCGAUACCAGGUCCCUGACAGCGUCAAUGCCAAAGUGCAGGUGUUACGGUCGGCGGCAGAUUGGUCAGCAGGCAUAAAGUACCACGAGGAGUCCAUCCAUAAUGCCUACAUCCAGGUCAUCGCCAAGAGCAAACACUACAUCUACAUAGAGAACCAGUUCUUCAUCAGCUGUGCCGACAACCGCACUGUCUACAACAAGAUCGGAGACGCCAUCAUUGAAAGGAUCAUCAGAGCAUACAAGGAGGGGAAGAAGUACCGUGUGUAUGUGGUCACCCCUCUGCUUCCUGGAUUUGAGGGAGACAUCACGACAGGAGGAGGGAACGCCAUCCAGGCGGUGAUGCACUUUAACUACAGGACGAUGAUCAGAGGAGAGUACUCCAUAAUCUCCCAGCUGAAAAAAGAGAUGGACGACCACUGGAUGAACUACAUCUCCUUCGCCGGUCUGCGGACUCACGCCGAGCUGGAGGGACGUCUGGUCACGGAGCUCAUCUACGUCCACAGCAAGAUGCUCAUCGCUGACGACAACACAGUCAUCAUCGGGUCUGCGAACAUCAAUGACAGAAGCAUGCUGGGUAAACGUGACAGCGAGGUGGCAGUGAUUGUCGAGGACUCUGAAAAGGUUCCUGCUGUGAUGGACGGACAGGAGUAUGAAGCUGGGCCCUACGCACUCAAGCUUCGCCUUGAAUGCUUCAGGACUAUCCUUGGAGGCCACACUGACGCCAGCAUUGACCUGUCUGACCCAAUCAGUGAUCGCUUCUACAAGGAGGUGUGGAUGACCACAGCUGGACGGAACGCCACCAUCUAUGAGAAGGUAUUCCGUUGUCUUCCUUCGUCCCUGGUGAGGAACAUGUCCGAGCUGGAGCAGUACCAGUCCAAACCAGGUUUGGCCCAGACCGACCUCAACCGCGCUCAGGAGGAGCUGCGCAAAAUCCGAGGCUUCCUGGUCCAGUUCCCUCUGGACUUCCUGUCUGAGCAGAACCUCAUGCCUUCUGUGGGAACCAAGGAAGCCAUGGUCCCAACUGAGAUCUGGACGUAAAGGACGUACCAAGACUGAUAACAACUUACAUGUCUGGUCUGAGUUGUUGUCUUCAGCAUCCAGAGUGGAGUGUCCGGAUUGUGGAUGUAAUCCAACGUGUAAUUGUGGAUUUGCAAGAGAUUGGAUGUAAUCUGGAGAUAAAUGGGAGUUUGUCAAGUCUCUUCUGGAUUGAUGCGAUCGUUUGGCAUUCACAAAUCUCUCAAAUCUGCUGAAAACAUUUCACAGCAGUCCCAGCUUUUUGGGGAAAUGGCAGAGUUUUGGGAUGUAAGAAGAACAAAAAAGAACACCACAUUUGAUGACAGGAUCUGUGACCUAUGGGAUGAAAAACUGGCAUUUGAACCUUUGGGUUUUGGGAAUCAAACUCUGCUCUGGACACUUUGACUCUCUGACUGUUGGGAAAAACUUGCAAAGCAGUGAGGACUUCUGAGGGACCAGGGUGAGACUGGUGUGAAGUUAUUGACAAUGGUGCCGACUAAUGUGUGGCUCUUAGUCGCACUGAUCACAAAACACAGACACGGUGAUGCAUGCAAGUUUCUGAGUUUUUGAUAUGUGCUUGUAAAGUGCAGUAGUGCAAUGUUUGCCGUUGUUGAGCUGCUUCGGAAAAAGUUGGAGAUCUGGAUGUGGCAGAUGCAUAUGGAGGAUCUUUUCUACGAGUUAAAAUCUAAUGUGAUUGCACUUGAACUUUUUCUGUGCAGUACAAGGAAACAUGAGACAAUUGUACUGAUUUAACAGUGGUGCAUGGCUUACUAACUGUGCAUCCAUUGUGUAAAGAGGAUUUCUGCAUAUACCAAUCACAUCUCUUUAACUACCCUCAGACACUAUUUGUCCUUUCAUAAUGAUUUUAUGACUGAAAAUUAUUUGACGUGCACUUCAGAAGCUAAUCAGUUCAAUCAUCCUGCGUUCAGAUUGACAUAAAAAUGGCUGAGGAUGUAUGAUUGAUGAUGGAUCAGACAAUCAGCCCACAUAUACAAAGUUGUCAUUCCCUCUUUGCCCAACAGAUGGUGCUAGCUUCUUACAGAUUGUGAGUAGAUGUUGAGAAGAAGUGCAGGACGGACCUGUCAGCUCUCCUGACUUUUAUUUUUCCUCAAACUUACAGCAACAACACAAACAACAGUAUCUCCGGUAAGUCAUCUGCAAAUGAUCGAAGCUUUUAUGUGACGAUACAGUCUAAAUUCGUUCCUGUGUUCCCUUGAAGGAGCUUUUUACCCAGAGCAAAAUCAGAUCGUCUUUCAAGGCAUUUAUUAUUUUUGUAAUGUAACAGCCUGUAUUUGUAAAGGAGAAAUUCAGCCUUUCUAUUGACUCAUCAUGUAAGUGAGAAUGUACAGACUCUGAUUUGAUUGAAUUCUCAAUAAUUGCCACAGUAUUUUGUGAUUACAUGCCUCCUCUUAAAGUGAAACUGAAGAAGCACUUCUGUGGAAUCCAGACAUGAUCAAUCUAUCACAACACACGUAACUUAUAAUUAGGGCCGAUUCUCACUAAGCUUAUGUAAAACAAAUUAUGACACUGACAGGCGCCAGAAGAGGACAUCAACUUGAAACAUUUAACUGGCAGAUCUCCUCAGUUUCCAAUGAAAGGUGUGAAUCGCUGGCAUGUAUUUGAACUAUGAAGACACUACCUGCUUUAUGUGAUCUGAUAAUGAAAUGUUGACUUUUAAAGGGACCAGAAUUGUCUUUUAGAAUGUUUAUUGAAGUGAAACUGUGGAAACACUAUGCUCUUUCAAACUGUUUGGCAUCUCAGUUGUAUUUGUUUUGGAUUGUUUUGUCUGUUGGCUUGUUUCGUCACAGCAUUAUCUGUGGAUUAUGAAUCAUUUAGCAUUCUUGAAACAUGUAUUUUUUAAAUGUCCCCGCAUGGUUGUACGGAGGAUUGUGGAUUGAAGAUGAAAACUGUUUAUUUAUCGGAGCCUUCAGACAGCCCAGCAUAUUUUACGUGUUCCCCUGGGCCUCAGUUUUUCUGUUUGUGUACAAUAUCCUCUUUAUACAGAUAAAGUCGUUUCCAAAAUCUGUCUGUUCAUUAAACUAAAUGUAACUCAUAUUUUAAAUGGCUUAAAAUUAAAAAAAAUCUCUGGA